AGGUGGCCAGGGCGCCCGGGACGGGACGCUGCCUGGGGGCUGGGCACGGAGCAGCCCCAAGCCCUGUCGGGUGGGUGAGAGCCACCACGGGCUGUGAGUGGCCCUGCCGGCCGGUGGCCAGCCGGCUGCCCCUCUCACACCAUGUCGGACGGCGAGGGCCCCUCGGCCGAUGACAGCGCUUCUGCAGCAAGUAGCAUGGAGGUGACGGACCGUAUUGCCUCACUGGAGCAGCGAGUUCAGAUGCAAGAGGAUGACAUCCAACUGCUCAAAUCGGCUCUGGCGGACGUGGUGCGACGGCUGAAUAUUACUGAGGAACAGCAGGCUGUGCUUAACAGGAAAGGACCUACCAAAGCAAGACCCCUGGUGCAGACCCUACCUUUAAGAACCACAGUCAACAACGGAACUGUGUUACCAAAGAAACCCAGUGGCUCUCUGCCGUCCCCCUCUGGGGUCAGGAAAGAACCCGCUGUGCCAGCAACCAAAAGCAUCAAGAGGACCAGCUCUUCUGAACGAGUGUCUCCUGGCGGUCGAAAGGAAAGCAACGGGGAUGCCAAAGGAAACCGGAACCGGACGGGUUCCACCAGCAGCUCUUCCAGUGGCAAGAAGAACAGUGAGAGCAAACCCAAGGAGCCUGUAUUCAGUGCAGAGGAAGGUUAUGUAAAAAUGUUUCUUCGUGGACGUCCCGUUACCAUGUACAUGCCCAAAGACCAAGUGGAUUCUUACAAUUUGGAAGCAAAAGUAGAACUUCCAACCAAGAGACUCAAGCUGGAAUGGGUCUAUGGAUACAGGGGUCGAGACUGUCGGAACAACCUGUACUUGCUUCCGACGGGGGAGACCGUCUACUUUAUCGCGUCUGUGGUGGUGCUGUACAACGUGGAGGAACAGCUGCAGAGGCACUACGCGGGCCACAACGAUGACGUCAAGUGCCUGGCGGUGCAUCCUGAUAAGAUCACGAUAGCAACAGGACAAGUCGCAGGCACAUCUAAGGAUGGAAAACAACUGCCCCCACAUGUACGCAUCUGGGAUUCUGUGACCUUGAAUACUCUGCAUGUCAUUGGAACAGGUUUCUUUGACCGAGCCGUCACCUGUAUUGCAUUCUCAAAAUCUAAUGGAGGAAGCAAUCUCUGUGCCGUGGAUGACUCCAACGACCACGUGCUCUCUGUGUGGGACUGGCAGAAGGAAGAAAAGCUGGCUGAUGUGAAGUGUUCCAAUGAAGCUGUAUUCGCUGCAGACUUCCACCCCACAGACACCAACAUCAUAGUCACCUGUGGAAAGUCCCAUCUGUACUUUUGGACACUAGAAGGAAACUCCCUUAUUAAGAAGCAAGGGUUAUUUGAGAAACAAGAGAAGCCAAAGUUUGUCCUCUGUGUGACUUUUUCUGAAAAUGGUGACACCAUUACCGGAGAUUCAAGCGGCAACAUCUUAGUAUGGGGAAAAGGUACGAAUCGAAUAAGCUACGCAGUUCAAGGGGCCCACGAGGGUGGCAUCUUUGCACUUUGUAUGUUAAGAGAUGGCACGCUGGUGUCAGGUGGCGGGAAGGACCGCAGGCUCGUUUCCUGGAGCGGAAACUAUCAGAAACUUCAUAAAACAGAGAUUCCAGAGCAAUUUGGUCCAAUUCGGACAGUGGCUGAGGGGAAAGGUGAUGUCAUCUUGAUUGGCACAACGAGAAACUUUGUCCUCCAGGGCACUCUGUCAGGAGACUUUGCACCCAUUACACAGGGUCACACUGAUGAACUCUGGGGACUGGCCAUCCAUGCCUCAAAACCUCAGUUCUUGACCUGCGGGCAUGACAAGCACGCCACACUCUGGGAUGCUGUGGGUCACCGGCCCGUCUGGGACAAAAUAAUAGAGGAUCCAGCUCAGUCUUCUGGUUUUCAUCCUUCAGGGUCUGUGGUUGCAGUUGGAACACUCACAGGGAGGUGGUUUGUGUUUGACACAGAAACAAAGGACUUGGUUACCGUUCACACGGAUGGAAAUGAACAACUCUCUGUGAUGCGUUACUCACCAGAUGGGAACUUCUUGGCAAUAGGCUCUCACGACAACUGUAUCUAUAUUUACGGAGUUGGCGAUAACGGGCGGAAGUACACCCGCAUUGGCAAAUGCUCAGGUCAUUCCAGCUUCAUUACACACCUGGACUGGUCUGUAAACUCACAGUUCCUCGUGUCAAAUUCCGGAGACUAUGAAAUCCUCUACUGGAUUCCCUCUGCUUGUAAGCAAGUCGUAAGUGUGGAAACUACACGAGACAUCGAAUGGGCUACCUACACCUGCACUUUGGGAUUCCAUGUUUUUGGAGUGUGGCCGGAAGGCUCGGACGGAACCGACAUCAACGCUGUCUGUCGGGCCCACGAGAAGAAACUCCUGUCCACGGGCGAUGACUUCGGCAAAGUGCACCUCUUCUCCUAUCCCUGCUCGCAGUUCCGGGCUCCAAGCCACAUAUAUGGCGGGCACAGCAGCCAUGUCACCAACGUGGACUUCCUCUGUGAAGACAGCCACCUCAUCUCCACAGGCGGGAAGGACACGAGCAUCAUGCAGUGGAGGGUCAUCUAGUCCCGGGCAAGGCCGUGAGAGCGGAACGUUCACGGAAGACACAGACUCGCAUCGCGCUUGGUCACUGUGAUUUCUGUUUUGUUCAAAAAAUUUUUACAAACCUCAGGAAAACUACACCCUCUGCCGGUUACCUUAGCCUCAUGAGUCAGCGGGCGCCACGUGGGAUCGGUGGCUCCAUCGUGCUUCUGUCGCACCACGUAGGAAAGAGUCCACCGUGACUAUGACAAGGCCCCCGCGUGUCGACAGAAGUAACUGGUUUGUCCUUAGCAACUUUUCUAUGAACUCUUCAAAACGGUCACAGAAUGCCUUUUAAGAUGUUGUAUAUAGUCUUUGCUCUUUCACGAUCUAGCUUACGAAGUGACAUAUUUAUGACGGUGAUGAGGUACUGAGCCGCCAGGGCUGGCGACCCGUCGGUCCGCCAAGGAGCAGUCACUCGGAAGAGCGUGAACAGCCGGUGUGCACAGCUCAGUCAGGAGGUGCACACGCGAGACGGGCUCUGGUGACGCCGUCUGGGGUGCCGUUCGGCUCUCCCUGGGAGGCUGGGGGCAAGGCUUGGGUUCUCGGGGUAAGCAGCUUCGACUCCAGAUUGACUUCAGUCUGUCAGCGGGGUGGACAGGCAUUUAGAGUCUCAGCCAGACCGUCCUGCCUGACCACAUGCAGUCAGCCUCUUCCCCCGGUCUGCGUCCCCUCUGGUCCUUGCUCACACGCCCUGAUUCACGGUGCGACAUCUCGCCACCUUCUUCUGUAUAUUCACUGGCAUGACGUGAUAUUGUACUUGUAUAGGGUUUUAGCAGUUCAUGAUAAAUGCAUAAGACUAGGCUUUGCUGUUUCCUGCUUUUGGACAUUGUAUACGUGUAUUUUACGACCAAGUAGACCGCAUCAGAAAGAAAUCUCUGAAUGUUCCGUAAACCUGCAGCGAGCAGAGGUCUCAAAGGCCCCACCAGGCGCGGAGGGCAGUCUCUUUCUGUCUCUUGUGCCCCACCAGGCGCGGAGGGCAGUCUCUUUCUGUCUCUUGUGCGCGGACGACUUGCUCCAGUAUGAGAUAAGAUUAUGUUCUGAUGAGUAAAACGUAGGUGGCACAAACUUGUCAAGAAGGCCUUAUCCAUUUCGAUUGUGUGACAGACUGAAAUGUAUUGUUUACAUUGGGGAAUGAAUCUCGAAUUUUUAAAUAGAAGAGUGAUAAACAGACUUUAAGACACAUAUUAAGAUUUUUACUCAUUCUAGGCAAGCAAAUGAAUGGAAUGACCUGAACUCUCUGGCACUGGUUGUUUAGAGUGGCUGGUUAAAUGCAACUUUUGCAAACAUUUUUCAUGAGGUCACCGGCCUGCUCGGACGUGCAGGCCCCAGUAGACACUGUGUAUUCCAGAUGAAUCUGUUUGUAUGUAUCCUUGUCAGAUAUAUUCUAUAAUGAAAUAAAAUCUGAAAAGUGGAUUUCUUAUUGACCUGUACUCAUGAAAGUCUGUAAAUUAAAAUAUUUAAAAUUA